UGUGGGAAAUAUCGCAUCACUGGUUGGAUGCCUGAAGUGACCACGCUUUUUGCCGGUUUCAAAACAGUUUGAAUGUCAGACGCUCGAAUCCGUCGAUGUAACCUCAACAUUGCAUAAAAACGGAUUCGGUUUUAAACAAACAUUUAGAAGCUACGUGCAAGACAGCAUAAGGUCAGAAGGACCCAAACAAGGACAAUAUAGAAAACCAGUCAAAAAAACCAAUUAAAUAUAUGGUUGACGGCACGUUAAACGCACAAUAAAAAAAAAGAAAGAAAAAAAAAACAGAUUCGAUCAUUGCAUCGUCAAUAGUAAACGUUUAUUAGUCCGACAUAAGAGCUAAAUUCGUACAAAGUUAAAUUACAUUGUCCAAAAUAUCGUAAAAAUAUAAAUAUCUAAUAUCUCAAUUUAAACAACGUAUUUUAGAGUAAAUAUUCUGCAUAUAAACAUUAUAGCAAACAUUCUUCAUUUUUUAACAUGCAUUUUCAAUUUGGUGACGAAGAUGAAUUUGAACCAAGAAGUACACCAAAACCUGUAGCAAAACUUGACAGUUUUGCAAUACCCACUGUGCCAGAAAUAUCUUUAAUAUUUGAGAAACCUACAGCACAAAAUCCAAAUGAUAGAAGCAGUAAUUCAUCACCAGCAAGAUUACUCAAACCAAUAAUACAACUCCCUGAUAAUACUGUAAGGCACACCACUUCUACGUCACCUAUUUUAAGCAAUUCUAAUUCUUAUGCAGCAUGGAGGGAACAGAAUUAUUCCAAACAGAUUAAUCCUACAACGUCUAUUUCAUCAUCUUGUAAAAAUACUUACAGCAACAAUCGUACACCACAGCCAUGUUUACAAGAUGUAUCUAUACAAAAACAGCAAAGGCAAGAUAAAAUUUCUGAUCUGGAAAAAAGAAUAAUAAAUGCAAGAGCUAAUGAUAAAAUUUGUGAGAAAAGUGUGAAAUUUAGAUGUCCUAAUGUGAAUGAUUCUUAUGAUGAGGCUCAAUUAUCACUUUCUAACAAGAAACACUUGCCUUGUAACUCUCUACAAAGAGCAAUGUAUAGUGUACCUGAUUGUACUACAAGAGUGCCUAGCGAAACAAUACCUGAUACUUUGAAAAAAGCUGAACAUGUACAAAUACCACAUACUGCACAUCAACAGUGUCAUGCACCUAACUAUUCAAAUUACAAUGUAGAUAAUAAUGAAACAGUAAAAACUUUAUUGCAGCUUGUAAAUAGCCAAAAUGAACAGAUUAAAACUUUACAGCUUCAAGUGGAUAGACUAGUAAGAAUACAAGAAGAAAAUUAUAGAAACAAAUCAACAUGUCCAUGUUCACAAUCUCUUGCAAAUCAGGUAUUUAGAUAUCCACCGAUAAAUUGUUAUGACACUGCUUUUAGUUCUUCCAUCGCACAAUCUCAAAAUCAAGGUACAAAGAAAAAUACAGGUUCACAGAAUGCAUCUGUUGUAGAGAAGAAAGACCUAGAAAGUUUUAGUGAAAAUAAUAAACUAUUGGAGCAGCAAUCAAAAAAGACGUUUGUGGAACAAAAGGUUUCGAUUGGUGUUAUGACAAGUUUUGAGUUUACCGUGCAAAACAGUCCAUUUCUAAUAGAUUCUGGUAGAAAUGAGAAAAAGGAAGUUCACAGAGAAAAUAACAAUAUUAAUAGGAGAAAUGCCAUAAAUGCACACGAUACGACGGAAUCUGUUCAAAGAUACAAAAACACAUUUACGUGCAAACCUGGGGCAGCACUAUUGGAAAACAUAGUUGAAGAUUCGGAAAGUUAUUUGUCAUCCAGUCAACAGCAAAGUAGUAAUUUUAAUGCAAGUUCCUAUGUGAAAGAUUCAGAGAGACAUACUCCAAGGCAAUCGGAUUCGUUUAAUGUGGCCAAUACUUUAGAAUCUUCGAAAAUGUAUCAGUGUCUUGCUACAGAUUUAAAUAGGAGAAAAAUGCAGGAGGGAAUGUUCAUAGGAGAAAAUAGUAAUAUAGAUGAACAAAUACAAAAUUCAAAUAAAAUGCUGAGCGCAUCUAUGAACGUUAAUUAUAGUCCGGCUGAGAGCGCAAAUUAUAGUAAAGCACUUAUCAGCGAUGUAAAUGAUUACACUACAAUAAAUGGAGAAAAAAGCACGGACAAAAUGAAUACUAAUAAACAUCCUUUACGCAACAUCCAUUUACCUGCGACAGAUUACUAUCAAAAUCAUAGAAUUAAAGAACAUUGUGAUAAUGCUGAGCAAACUAAAGACAUGGGUGAUAGCAUGAUAUUGAAUGGAGAUGAUCUCAAGGUGUUUGAGAGACCACCAACUCCAGAACCAAGUAUUCAUGUUGAGAUGCAGGAGUAUACAAGCGAUGACGAAAGUGAUAAACAGAAACGUACUUCAAAAAUAGGCUGGACUUUUUACAACAAUGUUUUGGGCCAAGUUAAUGAAAUUUUACAAAAUUCUAGCGUUAUAGAAAAUAAAGAUUACGAUGACGUGAAAGUAGCUCGCAGAGUCGAACAAGAAAAUGAUACGGAAACUAGAACGGCAUUAAACACUGUUAAAGCAGCUACUUUAGAACAACUUCGGAGGCUUGGGAUUAGUCUAACUGACAAUGAACAUAGAGAGUCGAAUGGUAAUAACAAAACAAUGGAUUUUGACUCGUCUUUUUAUCCGCGCUUGGAUCGUCAAGCAAAUAUGAUACAUACUACUACCACUAGUGUAAACGAAACAAAUACGAGUAUGCAUAUGAGAGCGUUGGCGUUAAAAUAUUUAAGUGACGAGCAAUUAGCUGAUAUAGCAUUACAUAAACAAGAAUCGUCUUCGUUGAAACAUCUUAUGGUCAGCAAUAUGCAAGGAACUAAUAUGUCACUUGCUACGAUGCGUUAUUUAGAGAGAUAUCAACUUCUUCCAGGAAAGAAUAACGUACAAGCAGAGGAUAAUUUGAUAUAUGAGGAAACGGUACCUAAACGCGAUUUUAAACCGCUGAUAGGAAAAAAUAAUCCUGCAGUACAUCGAUUCCCUUUUGUACAAACACCGGGUAUGAUCACGUCUAGUUGUUACGAAUCGCAUGAAUUAUUUAUCUUUCAGGAAUUAUGCCGAAAUAAUUGUCCACGAUUUACGGACGGAUUUGAGCCUUAUCCGAAAGUAAACGAAGAAGCUGGCGCAAAUAUUACUUUACACUGCAGAGGAAUGAAUGUUCUAAUAAUUAAACAUAAUCCUGGAAUCUAUGUUAUUGAACAAAGUAUCUCUCCUGAUACUUGGGGUUCAGCAACAGUGAGCAAUAGUGGAUUAGCAACAUUUUCGAACUUAACAGCAGGUGCACAUUAUCGUUAUCGUUCGCAUAGAAUAACACAACAUGGAAUUUCAUUAGCCGAAACGUCGAAUUGGUUUUCAACUUAUGCAGCUGAUUAUCAACCACAACAAGUUGAAUACAUUUCGCUUAUAAAGAUCGAAAGAGAAAGAAAAAAUCCGUACAAGCUACAAGCGGAAAUUAUUUUUGAACCCGUUGAAGAUCGAAGCUGCAAUUACAAUAUAUUGCUUUGGUCAGGAGAACAUAAUUUGAUCAAUUUCAAUUUAAAACCCCUUGAGAUUGAGUUUUCAGGUUUCCACUUUUUGCUUAAAUCUUUACGAUAUGAUCAAAACAACACUGUAUCAAUCCAGUCGGCUAAUGAUGACUUUUCCAAAAUUAGCAAUGCAACGACAUUUACUUUUCUCACACCAUCGUGCUUGGAAGUUCAUCACAAUUUAAGCGUCUGUGCUCCCGAAAAAGUGAAGGGUUUGCGAGCGGAGCAUAUCCGAAAGCGCGAAGGAUUAUAUGACAUUGUAGUUAGAUGGGAUAAACCUAUCCUAAAACCAGACAAUUAUACGUUACAAUUUGACUCGUUUCAAUUCGAACCGCAACUAUUGGUUGUAUCUGGAGAUGCAGUCGAAGCUUCUUUUCUGAAUGUCGACGUAGGGCCGCAGUACGAAAUCAGUAUUGUGGCGGAAUCGUCAGGCGGUGUAAGUUUACAAUCAACUAUAUCAAGGAGCAUCGAUGAAACAGCAGUUGUAGAAUUAUUUUAUCGCGAGGUUAUCAUAAUAUUGCCGACAUUAGCGAUUAUUACUGUGGUGUUUGUGGUAAUUUUUAUACAGUAUCGUAAGAAGAAGAAUAAAAAGACCAAUAUGGAAUAUAUGCAUUUUGAGGAUUCUUCAGAUUCCUUAAAGAAACGUUUAAAGCGAGAUUACGCGAUCGAGAAUACUCUAUUGCCGCAUGAUAAAUUUCAACUUAAUCCGCAACAGUUGAAACUUAAGGGUGUAUUAGGCAGUGGAGCGCAUGGUAUUGUCAGACUUGCUUCAUUGCAAGAUGAAUUCGGUUCGAUCACAGAUGUGGCUGUUAAAAUGAUGAAAGAUAAUCCAAUGGUAGAGGAUAUAAAAAAUUUUCAUCAAGAAAUUUCAAUGAUGAAGUCCGCUGGUCAGCAUCCGAACAUAGUAUCUUUAAUCGGAUACUGCACUUUGUACAAUAAACCUUUACUAAUAGUGGAAUAUUGCAGCAAGGGAGAUCUUCAAACGUAUUUAAGAACGAUUUGGCAGAAUUUAAUGAAUGCCGUAUUCGAGCGCAGGACGCAUUUAAAAUUCGAUCCGAUAUCCUUUGCUAAUGAAAACGCAGAUCAAGGAAAAACUGGAUCAUAUUAUAACAACACGCGCAUAAUCGCGAAUCGCUUAUAUGAUAUUCAACAAGAUGUAAUAAAAUAUACAGAAGAUGUCACUUCCGCCGAUUUAUUAAAUUUUGCUAGACAAGUUGCUACAGGAAUGGAAUUUUUGUCUUCUAAUCGGAUAGUGCAUCGUGAUUUGGCUGCUCGUAAUGUAUUAGUGCGAUCAGAUAGAGUGGUGAAAAUUUCAGAUUUUGGUCUCAGCCGCGAUAUCUAUCAAGAAAAUGUUUAUCGAAAAAAAGGAAAUGGUAAACUGCCUUUAAAAUGGAUGGCAAUCGAGGCUUUAACGCAUCAAAUAUAUACUACUUACAGUGACGUAUGGGCCUUUGGCAUUUUGUUGUGGGAAAUAGUUACUUUAGGUGCCAUGCCAUAUCCUGGUACACCCACAAAUAGAAUUUUGCAACUUCUAAAAUCGGGAUACCGAAUGGAAAGGCCACCAAACUGUGGUCGAGAAUUAUACAAUAUUAUGUACUCAUGUUGGAAUCUGAGGCCGCAAAGUAGACCUACUUUUAUCGAAUUAAAACAAAGCCUGGACCAAUUGCUCAGUAAUUACUCAGAAAACAAAUAUUUGAAUCUAUGUGAAGUUUUACAGGAAUCAGUCAGUGAAAGUAUUGAAUCAAGAUCGAUUAAUGUAUGUUAAAUAAAAAAAAAAUUAAUACAUAAUAAUAGAA